GCUGUUUUGGAGGUUUUUAAACUGCGGAAAGAUACACUGUAACGUUUCUGACGCAGCGUUCACCUCUAAAACCCGCAAUACAUUAAUUUAAAUAGCAGCGACAACUGAGUGUGUCUGAAAUGCCAAAUCAGAGAGAGGAGGCCAUUGAUGAUUCCCCCGCUGACCUUCCCUGUCUGGAAAAACCCGACUCUCCAACAGGGAGCCCACCCACUGCCUCAUUAUCCAGUCUAAUGGAGCUGGAAAAUUGUGUUUCCAACCUGAGCCUUGCACAUGAGAUAGUGGUGAACAGAGACUUCUGCUUCAAACCCAGAAAUCCUCCCACAGACAGCCUGGAGGGCAAAAUGACAGAAAUUGUUCACCGGGCCUUUUGGGACAGUCUUCAGGAGCAGCUGAGCAGCGAUCCUCCAAAUUACAGCCAUGCAGUCCUUCUGCUGCAGGAAGUCAAAACUAUGCUUCAGUCUCUGCUCAUGCCCGGUCACGUCAGAGUGCGGUCUCAGCUUGACGAGGUGCUGGACCUGGACCUGAUCCAGCAGGAGGUCGCUCACGGGGCCCUGGACCUCCACAGACUGGCGGAAUUUGUUAUCAACACCAUGGCGUCUUUAUGUGCUCCGGUGCGCGACCCAGAAGUCAGAGCACUACGGGACCUCAAGGACCCUGUGGAGCUCCUGAAGGCGAUCUUCCGCGUUUUGGGGCUCAUGAAGACCGACAUGGUUAACUUCACCCUCCAGAGCCUGAGGCCUCAUCUCCUGCAGCAGGCCGUGCAGUACGAGAGGGCCAAAUUCCAGCAGAUCCUGGACAAGCAGCCAGAUUCGCUGGACUAUACCACCGCUUGGCUUCAGGCAGCAGUGUCUGAGGAGGUGUCGGCAUCUGAAGCGCAGUCUGAGUCUCCCGGUCCUGACAGCAGCGGUCCUCUCAGCGCCAUCGCUGUCCUCAACCGGGCCUACAUACGGCUGCUCCGCUGGGACCCGCAGGACCAGAAAUAUCCUGAGACCGUGCUGAUAGACCAAGCCCGCCUGGAUGCUCUUGGUCAGCGGCUCCAGAUGUUGGUCCUAGAGGCGUCGGUGCUGCUCCUGACCAACACUCAGUGUGGGUGUGUCGUUUUCUCCCUGCAGGGGUUUGUAGGUAAACUCAGGCAGUCCGUUACUGCCCUGCUGGAGGGCAGUCACACCAGGGAAGCUGACCUGAAGGAGGCCCUGUUGGGGAUUGGGGAGACCGUACUACAGCAGGUGACUGAGGCUCUGGCCACCCACGGGGGAGCAGCGCUGCCUCAGGAGAGCCGGGAUCUGCUCAAGGGACAAAUAUCUGACCUGUGGAAACAGAACAACCCAGUUCGCGUGCUUAUAGGAGAAAGGGUACAGGGUUUCCUUCAGGCCACGCUGCGGGGUGGCCCUGCUAAAAGGAGUCCAGAGCUGCCUGCUCCCCUCAGGCUGCUGAGUGCUGAGCUUGUUGAGCUGGGGACGGCCUUCGGGCGAAUCGUCCACUUCAACCAAACAGUCUUUGGUCCCUUCUAUGCACCCAUCCUCAGGAAACUGCUGUUCCAGCCGGGAGGGGCUGAGGCUGGGGAGGACUCGCGCUAAACUGAGGCUGACCCAGACAACCGAUGGUGACCUGAACACAAGCUGCCAUUUAUUAUUGAGUGUGGAGCUUUUAGAGUGUAAAUACAGUGGAUGGAAGAGUUCAAGGGAAACUCAGUGGGCAGAUACAUACCCAAGCUAUUAAAAAAAAGACAGCUUUAUAGAUAUGUUUGGUCUCCAGAAAAGGAAUUUUCAGGAAAAUGUUAGGACUUAAAGCCCAACUCAAAGCAGGAGUCAAGUAGUGAAUGAGUACUUGCACUAGUACUUGAGUACUAGUGCAUCAUAACCAGAAAUCUCAAGGCAUUAGGGGAAAUAAAAAGCUUGUGAAAGUAAUUUGAGUAUUUCCAGAUGAAAGCUUUUACUCAUAAUUAUUAUAUUUGGCCAUCAUAAGAGGCAUAAUGUGAAUGAUUUUAGAAAUCAGAGCACCAAAGAAAAUAUGCUAAGUCUGUAAAUAACACUUAAGCUUUAAUAUGUAGCUCAUGUUGAAAGAUGUUUGUGAGUAACUUACCAAAGAUAGCAUGCACUUUUUUAUUGUUUUUUUUCUUCUUCUUCUUCUUAAACCAAAAAUAUGCUCAAGUGUUUCUUUUAGUUGCUGACAUUGGUGGGGGAGUGUGCUACUAAACAAAUACCAAAAUGAUGAUUUUUCUAUAUUUUUUUUCCACCAGCCAUCAAAGACAUGAAAACAUGCAUCAUAUAAAAGAAAUGACCAUUCACUUUGUUACAUUUUAAGCAAUAUUUUUGGAAAAACCCAUUGCAGCAUACACACUCAAUGGUCUAAGCUCAGACCUAUCUUUUUUAAAUACUAAUACGGUUCAUAUAUAUUUUGUUUAGUUUUGAUUACAUGUUAUUGUACUGAAACUCAGCCAGAGUCCUGUUUUUAAUUUUUUACACACUGACUUUGCAUGUGGUUGGAGUGACUGCUGUAGCUGACUGUCAACAGUGUUCACAGAGUUUCAGGAACCCAUUUGUUUCAUUUUAUUUACGUCUUUUUUUUUUUUUUUUUUUAAAUGACUCGUUCCAUAAACUGUAUAAAAAAGAUGGACGUAGCCUCAGGGUCUGAAAAGCAGAGCCAGCGCUCAACUGCCUUAAACGUGCAUUCUCUCUAAUGGCCAGCAGGCCAUUAGAGAGAAUGCAGGUCCGGAAGCGACUAGCGCUUCCGGAAGCUGCCAAAAUAAGUUAAAUUGUACAGAUAUUAAAAAAAACUACAUUUCCUCUAGGGGCUACUUGAGGCUGGCUCCAAAAGUGUCUUAAUUCCAAAGGUGUUACAUGGCAAACUUAGCCCUCUGAAAUAUAUUUACAGCCUGGUAUAAAAACAGAUUUGGUCUCAACUAUGCAGGGUGUGAUUUAUUUAUUUAUUUUAUUAAUAACUCAUCCAUUUGGUCUUUAACACUUAAAAUCAGGGACACAGUAGCUUUUGACAAGUGUGCUGCUGAAGCUUCAAAAUGCGGAGUCCAGCAGACAGUUGGUGUUGUCAUUGGUGGCUACCUUAAAAAUGCACCCACUCAACUUUCUUCUGUUACAAUACGAUGGCUGAUGUAACCUGUAUUUCUCACUCUUAGAAAGAGACUCAGAAUCAUCUGUUUAUGUUUAAAGCAACGUCCGGCAUUUCUGAAAAUGUAACAAAUAAAUCCAAUAAUAUAAAUUAACACAAUUGGUAUUUAUUAGUAAAAUAAUACAUGACAAUGAGACCAAGAUAAGUAAAAUAUUAUUUGCCUAAUUUAUUUGCAUUAGUCUAAUUUCAUCUAUGUGCGAGUCACUACUGCACACUGCAGUCCUUUACAGUGACGCUUCUCCAUUACCUGCUGUCACUGUGAGUCCACCUCACACGCGCAUACGUGUGGUGUAAAGUCAAUAAGAGAAAUGUGAGGUGAAAUAAUACCAAACAGGGUUGACAACAAGUUGUGUUACUGUAAUAGUGCAAUAAAGUUUUCCAGCAAGUCUUACAUGUUACACCGAACAAAACAAGAGUGAGGACAAACCAGUGCGAGCAGGCAAGAGAUGACAGGGAAAGCAUCAGAGUCUGAGCUUUCCAGCAAUUAAGUAAAAAAAACAAAAACUUUUACAAACAUCUCCAAACUGCUAAUCCAUAAUGUUAUCGUCUGCUGCUGAAUGCAGAAAUGAAAUAAAUUUAGUAAAAUAAAAAAUUGAAUUGAACAGAGUGACUCGUCAGUACUGAACCCAAAUAUCAGAUCCAUAUACCCCUAGUCUACAUCCAUCUUUUAUAUUCAGUCAAUCAAUCACAGUUAAAGUUUAUGUCAACUUUUGCCAGUGUUAUUUUUUCCCCAUUGAUUCAUGCUACAGUCACACUAGCGGUUAGAGACCACAGUGCGAUCAAAAUGAUUGCAACCGUGCGCAGUCAACUUUGAAUCUCACUAUGUUUAAAACGGUUGAUCUAAAGACAUGUGUGCAACCACGAGCAAAUAGUUGCUGUCUUCAAAACGACGUUGGUGCGGCAAUAAAAUGGCAACAAUGUGGCGUCAGUCUGCUAUCAGUUUGCAACUGAAUGGAGUCAAGUUGGCAGUUACAUUGUAUUUGUAAUAAUAUGGUGAUUAACUGUGAUAAAUCAGUGAAAAUCUGGUGCCAUCUACAUACACAGAAAUUUACAUUUACUUAUAUCCAGCGGGGCCCAGCCAGAACCUCCAUAAAUUUGAAAUUCAGCAACAAAUGGUGUAGGAUGGCAAUUUAAAUUCAAAAAGACAUGAGUGCUCAGCAACAUUGCUUUUAUAUAGGAAUAUAACCAGAAUACAAAAGAUUGGCAACCAGUUGAGUCUGCAAAGAGAUGCAUUUGCAGGCAAGUUGUACUCAUCAGUGCAGACUGACUCAGAUGGCAGUUAUUUGCAAACCUUUGCCAGUCUGUCUGAGACUGACUGCCUCCCAUCAGGCGACCACUGCAGUCGUCUUGCGGUCCAGUGUGGCCACCCAGAGUUUUAGGGUGCUGCACACUCAACCUCUGGGUGACCAGUUGGUUGCUGCAACUACUUGCAAUGUUAGGUGCAAUGUUAGCAGGAUCACCAACAUGCAUUUUAAAGAGUCAGUUUUUCAUAUUGUAUGUAAAUUAAAAACAUACCCAUAUAAAACUGUAAUGUAGCUGGAAUAGCACAUUUCUAUAACGAUGUCAGUUUUAAAGAAUUGUUAACAGGAGGGAUUGUUUUCAUAAGAUGAGCUAAAACAUGCAAAAAAAUACAAAUUAAAAGGCUGGUAAUGUUCCUUUAACUGUUCCUUUGCUACAGGUCCCAGCAGAUAAACAUACACCUGAUAUAAAAAAAAAAAAAACAGUUUCUUCAUGUUGUACAAAUGCUGGGUUUACUGAUGCUGAAUACUGUGUGUGCGUGUGUGUGUGUGUGUGUUUUCACCAGGCACCUGGAUGCUUGGCUCUGACUUGAAUGCAGUUAGAGACACGAGAGGCACAAAGAAUGGGGCUAAUCGUUUGUUUCGAAUAAAAAGUUUCACCACCCACUAAUCUCUUUGGCAGGAGAAACACUGACAAAAGUAUAAUUGUACAUUAAUUACCAUGUUGUUGUAUUUGUCACUUUAAAUUUUAAACAGCUGGUGUAAUGUUUCUGCUUUUAACUACUCAGCCAUAUAAAAGAAAUCA